AUGGCCAUCGCGAACCCGCGUGAGUUGAAGUCUACAAAACCACUUACACCUCCACCAAGUGACGAGAAUUUUCCUCGACCAAAAGUACGAUCGGGUGAUCUAUGUGUUGGUUGCAUUGUCUGGUUACCUUCAGAGGGUUUCGACAAGAGCAUUAAAUGCUGCAAAAGAAAUUGUUGUGGAAAGGGGCUUGGAGAAGAUGGAUACAAUAAUCCUGUUGUCGUUCUCAAAAUUAGACAAAGAAAAGGCUCAAGUAUACGCGGCGAUCUAAUUUGCUACGUUGCUACCAUUACCACUUUCAAUGAUUUGAAUUUGGAAAAUUAUCUGUCGAAAUGUCCACACAACUCUGAAUUUCAGCAAUCAUUACCUAUCAGUCCGAUAGAUCAGGAUAGCUGCGUCGAAAGUACACCUUCAUGGCUUCUUCGACUGCAAAAGGGAGCGCUCAAGAAACAAUCCUACAUUGAUCUUGCUCACAUUUUCAAGGUGCCUUCCAACAGCCUUUCCACAUUUGGCUUCCGAAAUCAUCGAGCUUAUAAACUUCGACUCUCAGCCACAAGUUAUAACAGCCUAAUGGCGGAGAUGGGUCUUCGAAACGAGCCCUACGAAGAAACGGCUUCGCUUUACAAGACUGCGCGAGCACGUCUCGAAGCACUUGCUUCUCAAAAUAGGCAAAUUCCAUCUCUAAAGAAAAAAUACCCCACUACUCCCUUCCCAGUUGCCGCACCGGAUUGCCCUCAUGCUAAAACUGCCCCAACAUCUCCUCUUCUCCCGUUAGGGCAACGAAGAAAUGUCAGGUUCACAUUGAAUGAGAUACCUAAAUCGAAAAGUCUCCUCAAUGUUCCACGAGUGGCUGGUUAUGGGACGGUUAAUAGUCAGCAACUGCUUACUCCAUAUCCGAUUCAGCCGCCUACUCCAUUGACGGCUCGAUAUCAUUCUUUCAGACCGUUUGUUGAUCGUGGAUGGAAAACUGUUGCUUUGAGAUUCUGCGUAGGGUGUUUAGGUCUUGGGACAGUAUUUGGAGCUUUCAAGAUGUUGUGGUCGGCAAAGGGUUUUCCGGUUGAUUUUUGA